GGGAGGGGGCGGCGCCGCCGCUUCUCAACCGCUGCCCGGGGGAGGGAAGGAGGCAGAAGAGGGGGCGGCGCGACCGCCGCUUCACCGGCCGGCUGCGCUCCGGAUCCGCGGGACCGCCCGGAAUCGUCGCUCCGGGAGAAGCCGGACCGGGAUCCCGACGCCGCGCCGCGCCCGCGGCCCGCAGCCCGACCCCGCCGUGAAACUUUCCCGUUUCUCUCCGCGGCUCCCACAUGCGGGUUGCUAACGCGGGGCCGGCGGCUGCGCUUCCUCUCGCCGCUGCUCCUUCGGGUGUCGGCGCGCCGGCGCCCCUGGGCCCUGCCGGCUGCUGCUGCCCUUCCGCGGCGCUCGGGCUGCCAUGUGGGGCUAGGAGGGGCGCAGGCUGUCCCCGCGGCGCGCAACACUGAACAUGGAGGCGGCGGGUAAGCCCGGCGGCGGCGAGCAGAGCCGCUGCGCCGGCGGCACGGACGCUCCCGCGGCCGCGUCCAUGGACUGCUACUUGAGAUCUCAGGGCUUGUACAGGAAGAAGGUUGCCAAGGAUGGAUCGUGUCUCUUCAGGGCCGUGGCGGAGCAGGUGUUACACUCUCAGUCUCGGCACGUUGAUGUUAGGAUGGCUUGUGUAGACUAUCUUCGGAAACACAGGGAGAAGUUUGAAGCAUUCAUAGAGGGGCCAUUUGAAGAAUAUUUAAAAUGUUUGGAAAAUCCACAGGAAUGGGUUGGACAAGUAGAAAUAAGUGCCCUUUCACUUAUGUACAAAAAAGAUUUCAUAAUAUAUCGGGAACCAAAUGCUUCUCCUUCACACGUGACUGAAAAUGGCUUUUCUGAUAAGGUAUUGCUCUGCUUCUCAAAUGGAAACCACUAUGAUAUUGUUUAUCCCAUAGAGUAUUCAGAAAGGGCUGCUCUGUGCCAGUCUCUUCUUUAUGAGUUGCUGUAUGAGAAGGUGUUUGGUACAGAUGUAAAGAAAAUUAUAGCAGAACUUAGUGCUGUUGGUAUGACAGAGGAAAAUAAUGGUAGCAGUGAAUUUUCUGCUUCAGAUUCAGAGGAUGACAACUACAGAAGUAAAGCUACAACAGUUGGUGAUAUGAAUGGAUUAAAGUCUCUUUCUGGCAACAAGCACCUUAAGAGCAGUGGAAAUCCCACCCUGUUUUUGCCUAAGAAAGUUCUUAAAUCACUCAAUCCAUUGGUUUACAGAAAUGUUGAGUAUGAUGUUUGGCUACAAUCCAAAUGGGAUCAGCAAAAACAAGAUUUUUCUAUUGCUGCUGGCAUGCAAUACUCAAUUGGAGAUAAAUGUAAAGUGCGCUUAGACCAUAAUGGGAAAUUUUAUAAUGCCCAUAUUCAAGAGGUUUGCUCUGAGAGUGGGCCAGUUGUUGUAUUUGUAGAAGAGCUUGGAGCAAAGCAUUCUGUGUCACUGAAGAGCCUUAAACCUCUUCCACAGGCCUCUCCUAUGGAGGGCUGGAACACUGUGCCAGGGAAGAAGAUGAAAAAGUUUUUCCCAACGUGGGGGCAGAAUGCUCAGCCCGAUGCAGAUUGCAGAGGGCCAAAGAGUCAGAGCAAGUCAAUAAAACCCCAGUCAGCACUACCUCCUCGACUUCAGCAUACUGUGGGAACCAGGCAGCAUCAGUUCGUAUGUUCUGGGCCUCAACCUCAUCAGACCUCAACUGAGCAAAAAGCUCCAGGCAGGAAUUCUUCCCAAGCUGUAAGAAAACCAGACCGUGAGAGAACUGAGGAUCUUAACCAUGGUGGAAGAGACUGUAACUACUUUGGCCUAUCUCCAGAGGAACGCAGGGAGAAGCAGGCAAUAGAAGAGUCCCGUUCUCUUUAUGAGAUCCAGCAGAGGGAUGAACAAGCUUUUCCUGCCCUAUCCAAUAAUCAGUCAGUCUGUCAGGCUCCUACACAGACCGUGGAUAAUCCAAAAAAGGUCUCAAAUAAUGAGAAAAGAAACAGCAAGUGGACAGCAGAAAUGGAAGAGCAGAAAGAUAAAGAGUCAAAUUCCAGGCAGAUCCACUUAAGUCAGAAGCUUGAGCCAAAUUCAUCUGAGAGGAAUAGUCAAGAUGAGAGUUGUCCAAAAGCUUCAUCUCCUUUGGAACAAGUAAAAACAGAUUCUCCAGCUCUUGCUGAACAAAAAUUGACAGAAUGCUUACCAAGUGUAGCUCCAACACCAUCACCAGUCUUUUCUGAGGUGCAUUUGCCUCCAACAGUGCCUUCUGUACCAGCCAUUGUGCCAGCUUGGCCAAGUGAGCCAACAACCUACGGACCAGCAGGUAUUCCAGCCCAAAUACCUGCUUCUUCGUUGAUGCCAGCCCCAGCAACGGGACCUGACUCUAUUGUAUCACAGGCUCAGGUAACAUCUGCUCCAAUUGCUGGAGUUCCUGUGUCGAUACAAGCAGUUAACCAGCCCUUAAUGCCUUUGCCUCAGACUCUGAAUCCUUAUCAGGAUCCGCUAUAUCCUGGAUUUCCUUUAAGUGAAAAGGGAGAAAGAGCCAUUGCACCCUCUUACUCCCUGUGCAGCAGUGGGGAGGACUUACCUAAAGAUAAGAAUAUUCUUAGAUUCUUCUUCAAUCUUGGAGUGAAGGCAUACAGCUGUCCCAUGUGGGCACCUCAUUCUUACCUGUACCCUCUGCACCAGGCCUAUUUAGCUGCUUGUCGAAUGUACCCAAACGUGUCCCUCCCCGUGUAUCCUCACAAUCCCUGGUUCCAGGAGGCUCCACCGACGCAGAUUGAAAAUGAGACUGCGCAACCAAACAGGCACUUUGCUGUUCAGAGUGAGACCAGAUCCAAUGGUCAAAUGUCACACGUUGACAGCAGGUCGCCAUCACUGCCACUGAUCGUACCUGCAGCUCAGGUGUCAGAAAGUCAAGGACAACUCCGUGUUGAAUCGGAGAAUUCAGUGCAAGCCCUUCAUGCAAACUAUGAUGAGCCCCUGAGGGGGAAAAAUAUGUUCCCGCAACCAUCCUUUGGACACGGUCACUUUCUAGGUGCUGUUCCAAUAGCACCUCCUUUCUUUCCUCACUUCUGGUAUGGGUACCCAGUUCAGGGCUUCAUUGAAAAUUCAGUAGCAAGACCUAAUGUUGUCGUGGCACCUGAGGACAAAGAGGCAACAACUAGCACAUCUGCAAGCAUGUACGUGACUAAAGAAUGCAGUACUCCAGUUCCUACAGUAAACUGUGUAGAACAGCUUCAGAAGACUAACAGCAGCAGUAGCUCAAACGCCAUGUCGUUCCCUGUGGCUGGUGUGAGCAGCGAUUGCAGUGCUCCCAAAGAAACUUCAGUUAGAGCACCUCAGUUGGAGAAAACUUGUAUUUCAGCCUCUCCUGCUAAGCAGGCAACAGCUGGGCUGCAAAAUCGCUCUACACAAGUACAGGGGGUUGAGAGGCAGAUGGUGGUGCCCAACACCACGUUGCCGCUGGCAGAACCUCCGAAAAAUGAACUGAAAAAUACUGUUCACAGUCGUAAGGAUAAGAUUGAUAAAGUUAGAGAUUCUAGGAGUGCUGGUAACCUACAGACAGAAAACAGGGCACAAAGAAUGAGGGAAGAGAGCUCUGAAGAUGAAAAUGAAGUUUCUGAUAUGCUGAGAAGUGGUAGAUCCAAGCAGUUUUAUAACCAGACUUAUGGAGGAGGCAGAAGGCCGAGAAUGGAAUGGGGCUAUUCUACUAGGGGAGGAUACCAGUUCCCAAGAAAUGAGGAAGCUUGGAAAGGACCGCCUGGCAGAAGCAGAGAUGAAGGCAACCAGUACCAGCGAAACUUUAGAGGUAGGCCAUACAGGAACGACAGGAGAAGGGCAACACUGGGAGAUAAUCAGAGGGGACAUCAAGCAUAGAAUGAAUGCAUGAAUGGAUAAUUGAAAAUCUUCAAAUGCAAAAGGUAAUUUGAGGUAGAAUUCUAAAAUCUUAAUAUUUCCUUUUAGUAAAGUCCAAGGAUAUAAUGAAAUUUUGGUGAGUAAAGACUAUGAGAAUUUGAGCUCCUAUCAUUUUGUUUAGCGGAGAUUACGGUUUGGUUGGCUUAGUGAUUUUUUUCCUCAAUGUCAGAUUAGAAAAAAAAACAUAGGUUUAGUGUUUGAAUUUUUUCCACAAAGGCUUGAGUUUGUGAUGUAAGAUGGAUAUAUAUGUUUACUAGGGUGACAAAUUACAGCAUUUGAUGUGAUCUAGAUUCUAAAAUUGAUGGUAACAUUGCACCAAAUAUAUUUUAACAUACAAUGCCUUAGUUCUGAACUGAGCUAAAGGAAUUCUCAGCCUACUGCACUGUUGUCUUUGAUAUGCUUCCAACCCAAAGGCCUUUCAUCUCAAAAAUCUGUCAAACUUGAAUGUUUCUCUUCUGUGUGUUACAUGUAUGGCAGCCAGCUAACAAACAGUGUCUUAGGUAUGUUGUAUAUAGUUCUUUUAAUAUUCAUAGGGUAUAUUUUUGAAUUUUAAAAAGCAUUUAUUUGAGGAAAUCAGAAACAAGCAGUUGAGUAGCUGUGUAUGAUUUGGUAAGAAUGGCUGUUUCCACCAAGAAUUAUUAAUGCUGGAGUGAGUAGAAUGGUGCCUAUGCCAACUAAACAAUUACAAAGACAAUACAAUGUAGAUGCUAUGCAUUUCCAAGAUGAUUCUGCAUCUGUUACAGUAGCAGAAGUUUUUUUAAUGCCACUUUAACACUAAUGCACUGACAAAUCCUAGAUAUUUUGUGAGAAGAGAUGCAUAAAAGUACGUUACUUUUUUUUUUUUUUAAGUUUGUAUGGUUGAGCUACUGUUCAGUAUUCUUUUUGUUAUUGCACUGUUGAUGCAAAUUUAUGUUUUGCAUGUACAACUCACUGCUGGAACUACUUUUUAAAAGCAAGAUGGAUAGUCUGUGUUCUGCUCUUCCCCAGACUUCAGAAGAAAAUGGCUUCUGCCUUAUAUUUUUACACUGUAUCGGAGAUCUGAUGCUGUUUUUUCAGACCCUUAUAAUGAUCUCUUGCAGUGUUACUGUUGCUCUUCCAGUUGGGACUUUUCGUUAAGAGUGCAGUGUGCGGUGUUCACUCAGCUCUGCUCUGUAAAAUUAAGUGUUGUGUAUAUUUUUAUAUCUCUGUAAAUACUAGCGUAAGAGGUGAUUGCACACCCUUUAUCAGGAAACCUGCGUGAUAGUUACGAUUUCUUUCCAGAUGCAUGUGAUGUAUAAAACUCCUAAUUGAAAUAAAUGUUUGUGUUUUCAA